AUGAGCUCCGAUUCUCUAGUGUGGCAGGACGACGAUGCCGUCACCCAGUGCUUUCUCUGUGAAUCCACCUACAACUUUUUCAACCGGAGACACCAUUGCCGCAAGUGUGGUCGGGUUGUAUGUGGAAACUGCAGUGACCAGUCGAUCCAGUAUUUUCCCAAUACUUUGGUGGUGAAUCCAAAUGGUGUUUGUUCACGUCUGAAAAGCUGGGAACGGUAUCGCACUUGUGAUGAGUGUGUCGAAACAACAUUGAUGAUUAGACGAGCCUUGGCUGAAGAAGUCGAUCCAUAUACUGCUCCGGAUGCUGCCAGUAGCGACGACAACAAUAGCACAACUAAGACGGCGGGAAAUACUUUUACCCGGAUGGUUUCGUCGUCUACCAAUUCAUCUCGACUGCAACUUCCUCGAGUUACAAACGACGAUAAUGAUUCAGAUCAUAAUCUUUGUCCCGUGUGCGCCACCAAUCUUGCCAAGGAAUUCCGCCGAGCUACUCAACUGAGCGGUGGUGAGUCCAGUUCUCACGACUUUGACUUGUUUAAAGAGCGCCAUAUAGACGAUUGUCUUGUGGCCUUCGACUUCAAUACAGAACAUCAGCGGCUAUCUUCACCACGAAAGGGCUCGCAAAGACACCGUAACAAGAUGCUUGUCUACAACAUGCCGCCCAUUCCAAAACCACAAUACGAAACCAUUCCGAACAGUAAUUUAGAAGGUACGUCGGCAGACACCGUCAAAAUACUUCCCUCUACAAGUGAGGUGUUUGGUUCUGUCAAUACUAUUCUGUCAAUAGAGCCGUCUGAAAAGAAUCAACUAGACCAGGAAUGUGUCAUUUGCUUAGAGGACUUGAAGGCAGGAGACAAGGUGGGCCGACUCGAAUGUCUAUGUGUAUUUCAUUACAAAUGCAUCAAAGACUGGUUCAACAAGAAGGGCUACGGAGAGUGUCCGGUGCACUAUGCACCUGCGGUAUGA